AUGGAACUUGACGACCUCACCCAGGUGUCAUCCCCUAUCGCAGAGGAUAGACGCAAAUCCAGUCGAAUGACGCGACGACCCGAAGUAUUUUCGCAGACGACUCACUCCGCUAUAAAACGAAAGCGUGGCGACGCACAUGACCCCAAUGAUUCUGACGACUUGUCAGAGUCUGACAGCGACGAUGUGGCUGAUGACGAUGCCGAUGAGGAGGAAAUGAGAGCAAAACGACGCGCUGCCCGUAAAACUGGCUCAAAGAAAUCGCCGGCAAAAAAAACUUCACGCGCAUCGAAAAAGCCCAAGGUCGCCAGAACUGCUGCUCAACAGCUCGCUUUCCGACCUGCAUUUAAUGCUCGUAAUGCCACCGCAAAUAAGCGAAAACAGAAAGUUCGACCCAGCUUGGCGGCGGGUGAACGAGGGCUAUUUGCGGAAGUUUUUGGAAAGAGCAAUAAUGUUGACACGGCAGCGGCGCAAUGGUCAAAACAAUACCAGCGCGAUGACAGCCAGGCCAUUCAAGUCCUGGUAAAUUUCAUCAUUCGAUGUACCGGUGCCGACCUGGAGAUAAGCGACCAGGAAGUGAAUGACGUGGACCACGCCCCCGACCGCCUUAAAGAUCUGGGAAAUGUCUACCAGGCACAGGGCGUAACUGAGUAUCCCCUGGUCUCCCGCUCAAAGACCUUCAGAGCAUUCCAGCCCGUACUAGAGGAAUUCAUAGUCGCCCUCAUCCAAACAUUUCAUCAUUCCUCUAUUUUGUACACCGACAAAAACCUGUUGGAGAACAUCGAAACUUGGGUGUAUGCUAUGUCAUCGUCAAAUUUUCGCCCUUUCCGGCACACAGCGACCAUCAUCUCAUUGGCUAUGAUAACUGCACUAUGUGAGAUCGCGCGGGAGGUGACAACAACUAUUAGUACUUCUCGCAAGCAGUUGGAGAGCGAGAAGAAAAAGAAGUCCGUGAAUAAGGGCCGCGUGGAAGCGAUUCAAAAGGCCAUCUCUGAAGGGGAUCAAAAGCUAGAGCAAUUGGACGACUUUAUACAAGAUGGAUUUAAUACCGUCUUUGUUCACCGCUACCGUGACGUUGAUAGUACCAUUCGUGCCGAUUGCAUAGCGGCCCUAGGUAAGUGGAUUCAGACUUACCGCGAAAUGUUUUUUGAAGGGCAAUACCUGCGAUAUAUUGGAUGGACUUUGGCCGAUGUCGUCUCGAGUACUCGCUUGACUGCUUUGACACAAUUGUUGCCUCUUUAUGAGAGCAAAGACAACGUCGGUGGUCUUCACUCUUUCACGGAACGAUUCCGCUCGCGCAUUGUUGAGAUUGCUGCUCAAGAUGCCGACUUUGCCGUGCGCCUAGCAGCCAUUGAACUCCUUAUUUUCCUCCGGGAAGGGGGGCUACUUGAACCUGCCGACAUCGACUCGAUUGGCCGCUUGAUAUUUGAUGUUGACCCUCGAAUUCGGAAGACGGCUGGCCGCUUCUUCGUGGCAAAUGUUGAAGAUGCUUUUGAGUCGAUGACCGAGGAAGUAGAGGAAGAAAUGAAUGAAAUCUUUGCCGAUGACGAUGAAGAUGAAUACGAAUCCCCCAAACGCUCUUGGAUUAAGUUCAAGUGUCUUGUUGACAUGUUCCAGGCCUAUGACGAACAAGGAACUGAGAGCUCAGAGCUUAGUAUGCGGGAUGUGAUCUCCGGGGCUCCAGCCCACUCACGCUUCUUUUUGGCCACCGAGGCCAUUUACCCCCAUAUGGAGGAGCUUCAUCAGUGGCAAUCCCUGGCCGGUUACCUUCUUUACGAUCACUCUCAAAUUGCAGACAGCCCGUCAGAAGAUGAUACUACAGCUGUUGUUCGCCACUUGUAUAAAAUGCAGGAAGGACAGGAGUAUGUGCUACUAGAGGUCCUAUUUGCCGCUGUCAAGCUGCGUGUGCUUGACAUCUCAAAAUCCGAUAUUGACAAGCGAGGGCGUAAAGUUAAGGCCCUGACUGCCAAGAUCUCAGAGCUCCAGGAGGAGAUCUCUCACAACCUAGCCCAGAUUAUUCCACAACUUCUGAACACAUUUGGCUCCACCCCAGAAGCGGCGUCUGCUGUUUUACGUUUGGAGCACCUUGUGGACCUCGAUAAAAUUCUAGAUCUCCAGGAAGAUGCCACAGCCUACUCAUCCUUGCUCAACGACAUCAACAAACAAUUUCUGACCCAUUCAAAUCAGGACGUUUUGGCAGAGGUUAGCGUGGCUUUCCUACAUGCAAAGAGCUCUGAGGAGACGCGUGAGGUCCUUGAAGGCAAGAUUCAGGAGCUGUGGGAUGAUAUGGUGGAUACUCUCGGUAACUUGGCUCGAAAGAAGGAAGUCGAAGCGGGUGGUUCCAUCUCAAAUUCUACCCUGACAGAUCUUUCCAAUACUAUGAUUCGCAUUUCAAAUCUUGCUGGUAUCGCAGACUGCACCGUCAUUCUGGAAACUGCCCUCUCGUUGAAAUCCAAAAAAGGGAACCCCGAAGCUCCCUUCAACACUCUUCUCCGCCUUGCUCAUCGUGGUCUUCGCAAAUUGGACGAUGAUGAGGAUGUUGCUAGGGCGGAGAGUGAACUUGUUUGUCACAUUAUUCGAACCUUGCUGUUCUACUUCAUGUGGAAGGUACAGGCACUGACAUCAGCGCUGAACGAUGGCAAAGCCUCAUAUACCACUUCCUAUUUCGAGGCACUCACAAAGAGCCGUGAUGAAUUUUCAUCAGUUCUCCUCGAGAUCAUGAAAAAUCGCUCUGGGCUUGAUGAUAUACGAUUUGCAGCCACCACAAGUUUCCUAGACCUACAGACCCUUUUCAGCACACUGCGCAAUGUCGGCCAAGGUGUUGGUAACGACGAGGAUGCUAUAUUCCAAACACAAAACCUUGUGCAGGAAGUCUCACCAAAUGCCCAGGCUCUGAUCACCAAAAUACAUGGUCUGGCCGAGCGCAUAUUUGCCAAGAAAUCUAAACGAGAGCUGGAGCUCGCCGAUGACGACGACCCUAUCUCUGAUGACGAAGAGGCUAACGAAUCUGAAGAUGAGGUAGUGGUGAAUGAGCGUCUUCGCCACAGCAUUCUGGCCGAACAACGCCUUUGUGAAUUGACUGGCAAGAUUGUCCUGGCAAUCAUUGCCCGUGUUGUGGAUGCUUCUGGUUCAAAACGCGGCUCUUGGAAGAAGCAACUGCUUCACAACAAGGGCUCCUUUGGCCGGAAUUAUCGAGAGGUUUUGUCGUACCUUGAAGAGCGCAAACCUCGAAGUGCACCCCGAAGCAAGGGCAAACAGCCUGCCAAGCAGGGAGCUCAGCAAUCUGCAGUCGAUUCCGAAGGCUUCAAGUCGGCAGAACAUGUCGAUGGUGAUGAGGAGGAAGAAGGCGGCGAUGAGAGUCCCGUGGAGGAAGAUGAUGAGGAUGACUUGCGCGAUCGCGAACUUGUUGAAAAUGAUAUCGACCACGAGCAUGAUGAAAACGAAAAUUCGAAGAAUGUGACACCUGAUCCAGACGAGGACCAGGUGAUGGGUGACUAG